AUGUCGACCAAUGGCACGCAGAACCUAGAGCAGGGCAACAGAACUUAUGUCGCGGGGUUCACACAAGGGGACCUAGCGCUUCCGCCUAGCCAGAAAUAUGCAGUUUUGACUUGCAUGGAUGCUCGCAUAGACCCAGCCGCUGCCUUUGGAAUUCCCCUCGGAGCAGCUCAUGUCAUUCGAAACGCUGGCGCAUCGGCUCGCGAUGCUUUUCGAUCUCUCGUUAUAUCGCAGCAGCUAUUAGGCACAACUGAAGUGCUGAUCGUCAAACAUACUGGAUGUGGAAUGCUCACGUUCGACAAUAAGACGGCCAAGGACCUCGUCAGGAAAAACAAGGGAGAAGUUGCCGCUAAGGAGAUCGAUGACAUCGACUUUCUGACGUUCCAGGACCUCGAGGCGAAAGUCAAGGAGGACGUUGAGUGGCUGAAGGGCACUGCUGUUGAGGAGGGUGUGAGAAUAACUGGGUGGGUGUACGAGGUAGAGACCGGGAGGACCAGACAAGUGGUCUGA